AUGGAAUCUCCAACCCAAUAUCAACAAUACCAUCAAGGUCCUGCUCCAGUACCAAUUAUGCAGGAACAGUCUCAAGGAGGACCUAUCCCUGUCGACGUUGUUCCCGAUGGCAGCAAGGUGGGCUUGGUGUUUAGAGUCCUGAACCCACUGGCUUCAUGGACCAUUACAGCACUCGAACCGUUCCAAGCAAUGCGGGAGAAAUAUGAGAAAGCUACACGGCAAAACGAGGUUUUCCAGAAGCAGUUGGAAGUAGCGAAUGCCAAAAUCAAUAAGCUUCAGGCAGAGAACGACCUCUUGCUAGACUCAAUGCUUAUCAACGAAGAGGGUCUAUACAACCGCUUCUUCCCGGUAUCCCAUCCCCAAGAUAGGUUUAGCGGACCUCCGCCAGAGAUGCAUCGGAGAAGCCCACCCAUCCCUCGUCACGCUGUACCAGAGAACCUGAGACGAAGUCGAAGGCUAUCCAACGCUGUACAGCCUAUGAAUGGAGGACAGAAUAUCAGCCCUCUUCCUUCAAAUGGACGCCGUGAACACCAUCCUGACUCAACAGGACCUAAGCACAUCCAGUCCCAACACCAGUUCGAGCGGCCGCUGGAGUUCAUCUCACACGAUUCUAACGGGCGUCAAUGA